GCCCGCGUCCUCCUCUUAUUCGAUCAGAAGGAAUUAUCUCAAAUUUUGUUUUUCUUCCUGGUUCACGACGACAGCCCUUUUCCGCCCAGCAUGGUACUUGGGAUUGUCAUGAUGACAGCUAUGAUCCCGACCAUCGUUGGGCUGAAUGAGGCGACCAAUGGUGCGAGGGACCAUGAGGACAAGCGCAGGGGAAAUGCACGAAAACAGCGAUGCCAUCUCCAAGUUACCUGUGCGGUUAAUGCCGGGCCCCAAGAGCUGCGACAGCAGGUACACAAUGCGAUGGUGUAUCUGGGGACAGACGGUAAGAUGUAUAUCACCAAGAAACCAAGUGCGGACAUGACUCCCUUCAACGGAGGAUUCUAUACACAUCCUGCCUUCCCACCGGAUAAUACAGCCGGAUUUGUCACUGUCUCUGGAGAAACACCGCCGACAUUACGAUGGGUCUUUCUCGACGCGGAAACUCAUGCCAUGCGCUAUGGCAGCCGGCAGGAUAGCGAGGGCCACAUCUGCGGUCCGUUCGACUGGACCGACGACGAAGCCAGAGUCACAUUGGAGGGAUGGGAAGGCUGGUUAGCGGUCCAGUUGCCAGAAGAUCAACACGAGAGUGGGAUCUGGAGACUGUAUUUCGACCGCGAUGACAACGGCGCUGAACUGCCGGCCGGCAGUCGAGGGCUGGAGAUCACAGUGAAGAGAGUGCAGGCAGAGAGUUGAUGAGUGUAGACGUCAGACUCCGCGCGGCUGGACAGCGGUUUUGGAUUUGGACUUCAUCACAUCCAUGGUGUCGAUUAGAUUAGAGUUGAACUCCACAGCGAUCAGCGAUCUUGAUCUUGCGCCCUUGCAAAUCAGCCAUCUCCAGUGCCGUCUUCUUCUCCACAUUCCAGCGAUCGCAGUCCGGUCCGAUCAAUCUUGAUGGCCGCUCGGCACGCGCCGGUUCACUCUACUGGAACCCCAAGACAUCAUCUCCUCUGACAUCAAUUUCCACCACGGUCCACGGCACCACAGGAGCGCAUUUGUGAAGAACUCC